AUGACUCUGGUAAAGACUUGUGUUCAUUACCACUUCUUACCUUUCUGUUUGCACUUUGACCGCUGGAAAGCUAAUGUGAUGCACUUGUUUAUUCAACCAGCAGUAGGAAUCACACCUCGCAACUGUGGCCAAGGGCCGGUCAAGGCUUUGGAGGAAGCACGGGCGCUCUUGGCAUCAAUUGGCUCACCCUCACCAACAACACCAUCAACGAACGACAGGGUUCAUGCUUUGAUCUAUCAAGCGGACGCGCUGGUUGACUAUGGACGGGAGAUGUUGCAUGCUUAUCCGUAUCGGGAGGUGCCGUCUUACUGGAGAGAGUUUUAUACGGAUGCUGGGAUCCUUAAGGCACUGGCGCUUGGGUUCUCAGCUUUCAGGGGUCGGGAUGAAGGUGGUGGUGUUGGUGUUGGUGGUGGACUGGAGGUGGUGGCGGUGGAUGUGGAGCCGUUGAAGGUGGCGAUUGCUGUGUGCGAUAAUGUGUUAGUGAUGGCGGGGGCGUCAGGAGAGAGGAGGAGGGAUCUUGUCUUUGAGAUGCUUGAUUAUCUUGAGACUGAAAUUGAAAACGGGCAGGAUCAGAAGGAGGAUGGAGCGGCGCCAAUGGUCAAACGACAGAAGUUAUCAGCAGCAGCAACAGCACCUACGGUGGUAAAAGAAAAGGUGAAGCUAGGAGAGGAACCAGAUCAGGAACCGAUACCCGAGAUUCACUUCCCUAUCCUUCGAAUCCAUCUACCCACCAUGGACGAAUUCCAACAGCAUGUUAAUGGUGGAGGCGUAGAGGGAGCAUCCGGGGUGCCUAUUAUAAUCACGGGCGGGAUUGACCAUUGGCCGGCACGGGAGCGGUGGACUGAUCUAGAAACAUUAUGUCGGACGGCUGGACCGGAUCGAUUGGUGCCUAUUGAGAUCGGGAGUCAAUACACGGAUGAGCAGUGGACACAGAAACUGGUGACCAUGCGAGAGUUCAUUCAGGCGUAUAUUCUUCGUGAGAAACAUUCAGGAACUGACGAUGGAGGCAAUGAUGACGGAACCAAUGCUAAAGCAGCGACAGCGGAGAUUGGGUACUUGGCCCAGCAUGAUCUGUUUGCGCAGAUUCCGCGCCUGCGACGAGAUAUCGACAUUCCAGACUAUUGCAUGAUCGGGCCCAACGACCAGGAAGGAUACGACCCUCCAGACGACGUGGUGUUGAAUGCUUGGUUUGGGCCUCGAGGGACUGUGUCACCGAUGCACACGGAUCCGUACCAUAACCUGCUGGCUCAGGUCGUGGGACGAAAGUACAUUCGACUGUAUGCUCCCAAGGAGACGUCCAAGCUGUAUUGUUACGGCAACGAGUCUCAGGAUGAUAAAGAAGGUGAAGGUGAAGGGGAAGGAGACGGUGGUAGCAGCAUGUUGGGUAAUACGAGUCAGGUCAAUGUGGAGGAACCAGACUUGGAACGUCAUCCACGGUUUGCGGAGGCAGAGUAUUUGGAGACGAUUCUUGCGCCUGGGGAGUUGUUGUAUAUCCCGUUCCAGUGGUGGCAUUACAUCCGGUCACUGUCGACUAGUUUUUCUGUCAGCUUCUGGUUCUAA